AUGGCAACGAUCCAGUCCGUGAAGGCGCGCCAGAUCUUUGACAGCCGCGGCAACCCCACCGUUGAGGUCGAUGUGUGCUGCUCAGAUGGAACCUUUGCACGGGCUGCUGUUCCCAGCGGUGCAUCAACUGGUGUUUAUGAAGCUCUUGAGUUGAGGGAUGGUGGAUCUGACUACCUGGGCAAGGGAGUUUCUAAGGCUGUUAACAAUGUGAACUCUAUCAUUGGACCUGCUCUUAUUGGCAAGGACCCUACAGCUCAGACCGAGAUUGACAAUUUUAUGGUUCAGCAGCUUGAUGGCACUAAGAAUGAGUGGGGAUGGUGCAAGCAAAAGCUUGGUGCCAAUGCCAUCUUGGCUGUGUCGUUAGCUGUUUGCAAAGCUGGUGCUAGCAUCAAGAAAAUUCCUCUGUACCAGCACAUCGCAAAUCUUGCUGGAAACAACCAAUUAGUUUUGCCUGUCCCUGCAUUUAAUGUCAUCAAUGGUGGUUCCCAUGCUGGAAACAAGCUUGCUAUGCAGGAGUUCAUGAUCCUGCCUACUGGAGCUGCCUCAUUCAAGGAGGCUAUGAAGAUGGGUGUUGAAGUUUACCACCACCUCAAGUCUGUUAUCAAGAAGAAGUAUGGGCAGGAUGCCACCAAUGUUGGUGAUGAGGGUGGUUUUGCUCCAAACAUUCAGGAAAACAAGGAAGGACUUGAGCUCCUAAAGACUGCAAUUGAGAAGGCUGGAUACACCGGAAAGGUUGUCAUUGGAAUGGAUGUUGCUGCUUCUGAGUUCUUCAACGACAAGGACAAGACAUAUGACCUCAACUUCAAGGAGGAGAACAAUGAUGGUUCUCAGAAGAUAUCUGGAGACAGCUUGAAGAAUGUAUACAAGUCGUUUGUUAGUGAAUACCCCAUUGUUUCGAUUGAAGAUCCAUUUGAUCAGGAUGAUUGGGUUCACUAUGCUAAGAUGACUGAAGAAAUUGGGGAUCAAGUGCAGAUUGUUGGUGAUGAUCUCCUUGUCACCAACCCCACUAGGGUUGCAAAGGCCAUCUCGGAGAAGUCAUGCAAUGCUCUUUUGCUCAAGGUUAACCAAAUUGGAUCUGUGACUGAGAGUAUCGAGGCAGUGAAGAUGUCAAAGCAUGCUGGCUGGGGUGUGAUGACCAGUCACAGGAGUGGUGAGACUGAGGAUACAUUCAUUGCUGAUUUGGCAGUUGGCUUGGCCACGGGCCAGAUCAAGACAGGGGCUCCCUGUCGAUCAGAACGUCUUGCUAAGUACAACCAGCUUCUUAGGAUCGAGGAAGAGCUUGGUGCUGCUGCUGUCUACGCUGGUGCCAAAUUCCGUGCACCUGUGGAGCCCUACUAA